GCAAAAGAGAAAAGGGAAAGAAAGAGAGGAAGGGACGUCCAACAUUGGACAUCCUUCGCAUCGAGGACGCGCCUAACACGCAACAGACCUUUUUCGAGGAAACGAUCCCACUGGUCUGGAACACCUCGACUCUUGACUCUCGACCUCUUUCACUUCCAAAUUUCUCCCCCUCCUGCCUGCCGCCCACGUUUACACUACGUCUACUUUCACGACCACGUCCGUCCACGUUCAGAUCGCUCCCAACUUAUCCGACGGAUCUGCCUAGUACCUUCAGCCACUCCUUUACCUUCCUCGCGCCGCCCACGUCGUUGCACAUAGCGGCCAUUUCCCGCUUACAUUGCCGUCCACUGCACUAAUCGCACCGAAACGCACUUUUCAUCACCACAUUCACUCACGCCUUCUCCAUUUUCUCGACCAAACACUCCUUACUCAUCUCGUCUCGCUGUGCGCUUCUACGCUUUGCGUCUCCUUUACCUUGCCCACGGGACGCCUCAAUUAACUUGACUCUUCGCCUUGUACGAUUCCGCCGCCGCCGCCGCCUCUUCCUUACCUUAACCCACGGAUUACUCCGCCAAGACCAAGAGACGCAAACAAGCCCAGCGCUCGAGACUCGGAUCUCUCCUUUCCACAAACCAUCGCAACCCCAUCGGCAUCACAGAGCUCAUCGCAUCCGCCAGCUCUCAGACUUGACGCAGUUCCGUCCCAACUCUACCUUACCGCGGCCCCGGUCGAAUAUCUUUCCGCACUUCGUCACCCAAACUCUGUGGACUUGUUUCCUACUUCUCCUUUGUGAAGCUCAGACGCUCCGAAGCUACAGCGAAUCCGCGUUCGCAAACCCCGCGCCCAGCUCUGCUGUCGAAACAUUUCCACUCGACGAAACCAACCCCUUCCCUUCCUCCCGCGUCCACCUCAAUUUUUUGCCUUUCCCCGACCUGCCGCCCAAUCUGAGUACCCGUCGCCAUCCCAGUCCUGCGACUUUAGCUGCGCGAGACACCAGAGGCACCGUGCUCUGCAGACAGCCCACGAAAAAGAAACCCCAAGCCGUACGCCGCCCGCCGCCCGCUAGCGCAAGGAAUACAGCUCGACGACAAAAAAAUCCACUGCAGUCAGACCUUUGUUUUCCCUCCGCACUUGCUUCCAACAGAGCCGACAGGGUCCCGGUUUGAACCGCAAGGAACACUCUACGAGACAUACGAAGCCACCUCAAUCCCAGGAUUCCCCCUUCAAAUCGCUCGACGCUGCCUUUCUCUCUUCUCACCAACCCCAUCUCGGCCCACCACCAAACACGACAACACAAGCGUUGCCCACUGAAUCAUCUUUUGGUAAGUUUUUUUCCUUUAGUUGUUCCUCCCUGCUCUUAUCCGCUCCGCCCCUUGGGAUCGCCCUCAUGCCGGCGCAUCUGCAAGUCAUGCCCAAGUCCCGUGCCCGCUGCCUUAAUUGUCAUGGUCCAGGUGCACUGACAACCCUCCUGACAGUCGAGCCCCCAAUCCGAUGAAAACUUCCCACGUCACUCUGUACACCCUCAACGCAUAAUAACGUUUCAUACGUCCCUGUUCUCGAAUUGGUCCAGAGUGCUGGGAUACAGGCAUACUCGUAGGCCAGGUCCCCGUCCACACUCGUGGUUUUCGGACGAAUACAACCCACGCGAAAGACAUCCCUUUCUUAUCGACGUAAUCAACAACCCGACGAUCACCCACCCUCUUCCAUCCUCCGAGUUCAUGGACCGGCCAAUUUCUUGACUGCUCUCGACAAUCUAGAAGGCUGCUUGCCCAACUCGGGACUUCGUAGUUGCGUACGGAUCACGGCUCCUUCCCUUCAAUAAUUCAACGAUAUGGCGACUCUCCCACGGCCGGCCCGGCCAUCGAACGGCCCACCAACCAUGGCAUUGCCCGCUCUACCUGUACCGAAAACGAGGAAAAGUACGGGGGGCAUUCCCACGACAGCGUCCAGGGCACCGUCAACACCGAACUCGAAAAGUGGCCUCAGAGCCCCCUCCGCAGGCUUCCUGCCUCCCACAACUCCCGCACCCACCUCAGCCCUUCCGCAACCACGUACAGCCUCUGCCAUGAGUAAUUCUUCUGUGCGGACGUUGCGUAAGACAGUGAGCAUCAACUCAUUCCCCCAACCGCCCCGAGGCGACAAUCGCAUCAGUAGCCUCCCCCCGAGUCCACUUGGUGCUGACUCCUCACGGAACUCCACACGCAAGUCGAAGGGCUCCGUAGCGUCCACGUAUUCGCAAAGCAAUGGCGCGCCAAGUCUGUUGAAUAACAGUGCCGAGGGCAAGUCAAUAUCAAGCGCCAGCGUGCGUAUGUCCGAUGGUCUUAUCAGCAUUUCUUCACCGCCCCAAAGCAGGAGCUCUUCUGCCCAGGACUCGUACUCAACCUCCGCGACGACGUAUGAUGACCCUAUCGAUGGAAUGGCGGCAAAAUCCUCAUCUGACGGCAGCAGUGAUAAGAGAGGUUCCAAAUUAGACGGCAAGGGUAAUGUGAUUGUCAGUGUGAGAGUGCGACCAGAUGCGAGCGGAAACGAGAAUACCAAAGCCGAGGGCGAGUGGAUGGUUGAUGGACGCAAGUCUCUUGUUGCGUACAGAGGAAAGGAAGGCGGAGACUAUUUUUAUGAUAAUGUCUUUACAACACACGACGACAACAGCCGAGUAUACGACUGCCUAGCAAAGCGUCUAGUCCGCCGUGUGAUGGAAGGCUAUCAUGGAACAGUUUUCGCCUACGGUAUGACUGGUACCGGAAAGACGUUUUCGAUGCAAGGAACCGCCUCUUCGCCUGGUGUGAUCCCGCUCGCCAUCACAGAUAUCUUUUCUUACAUCAGAGAGACACCAUCCCGCGAAUUCCUGCUUCGUGUCAGUUAUUUGGAAAUCUACAACGAAAAGAUUCACGACUUGCUGAGUAUGUCAACUGGACCCGGCGCACCCGCUGGUGGGCAGGAAGAAAUCAAGUUACGCGAAGACAGCAAGCGCGGUGUUUACGCUAGCCCCUUGAAAGAGGAAAUCGUUCAGAGUCCUACCCAGCUUCUUAGGGUAAUUGCGCGUGGAGACCAAGCGCGUAGAACUGCAAGCACCCAGUUUAAUGCGAGAAGCUCCCGAAGUCAUGCAGUCGUACAAAUCGUGGUGGAGAGCCGAGAGCGGAUACCAGGGAACCCCGGAGGUGGCGACAGCAAAAGAUCAGGAAUGCUACCCGGUGGCGUGCGAGUGUCAACACUGAGCUUGAUCGAUCUCGCUGGAUCCGAAAAGGCUGCCGAGUCCAAAGAGCGAAGAACCGAAGGCUCGCACAUCAACAAGAGUUUGCUCACUUUGGGCACUGUCAUCUCCAAACUCUCGGAGCACAAGGACAAGGAUGGAAAGGCGGCCGACAAGGAUGGGAAGCAUCUGCCUUAUCGCGACAGCAAGCUGACCAGGCUUUUGCAAGGCGCAUUGUCAGGCGGCUCGCUGGUGAGCAUUCUUUGCACUAUUCAGAUUGGCGCGGCUGGCAGCGCUGCGUCCUCGAACUCCCACACAUCAGAGACGAUCAACACCCUCAAAUUCGCAUCCAGAGCAAAGAAUAAUAUUGUCAGCCAUGCCAAGAAGGCGGAAGAGGCUCUCGGAAGCGGUGGCGAUGGCGGUGCGAGAGUCCUCUUGGAGCGCUAUCGCAUGGAGAUCCUUGAGUUACGGCAACAGCUCGACACACAAGCCAAGGAAAAGAAUGCAAAGUAUGCCGAGGAAGAAAGAGAGCGAGACGUCUUGGAGGAGAAGGCCCGUGAACUUGAGGCUGAGCAUCGGCAUGAAGAGCAAAUGCUCGAAAUGCAGCUGGCUCGCACAGCGCUCAAAGAACGGAUCGAUCACCUCAACCGUCUGAUCUUGAGUUCCAAAUCAAUUGGUGUCAAUGUCAGCGGCUCUUACAGCGCUCUUGGCAUCCACCCUCGGUCCUCAAUGGCAUCAGCAAGAUCAUCAUUGGCCACUUCUAAUGGCGGCAGGCCACUUCUCGAAAGGACAGCAUCAAUGACAUCGGCGUCAUCGACCAUAGGCCGUCGUUCUAGUGGUCGAUCGAGUGGAGGACAACGCCAAUCUAGUGGCGAAGGAGGGCUUGUAACAGACGAUGACAGCAUUGGCGAAUAUGGUGACGGGAGUGCCUCGCUAUCAGCUCAGAACCGCGCCUUGCAAGCGGACCUUGCGGACAAGACAAGAUACAUCCAGACACUAGAGAAACGGCUUAUGCAGGCACGAAGAGCCAGUUCUUCUAGGACUUCAGUUGGCUUCUCCGCCCCGAAUAAGGGCAUCAUGGUCGGAGAAGACCAUAGUGUGUCAACGCUUCUGCGGGAGAAGGACGCCGAGAUCGCAGAGCUUCGGGCUAGACUGGACGACAAGGAUCGUAUGUUGGGUGCGCUUCGGUCUGCAGCGCGUUCUCGAGACACGGCAGAGGGCCACACCGAUGGCAGGACAUCGGCCCUUUACGAACACAGCCCACCACCGACGGUGAACCCGCCACCAGCACCAUCCGCCGUCCAUAACACUCCUCGCAACCGUACCAAGAGUGUCGAUGAAAUGAGCAAGAUCCUGGAUGAGAUGAUCCAGGAUCGCGUCGAGACGGGCCAUCUUGUAAAGGGAGCACGGGGAAGCAUUCGCGUCGUUAGCGAUCGUAAACUUGAGGUGCAUCCAGAGUUGCCUGCGAACCUCGAACCCCUCAGGAAGGCAGCAUCAUUUGAUGAAACCAACAAGGUCUCGGUGAUGGGCAUGUGAGAAGGACUUUUCUGUCGGGAGUGUCAGUUUCAACGUUGAUAUCUGGUGUGGGAAUGGUUGGACUUCGCGAGGGUGCCUCACGAGGCCAGAAAGGCGUUCGGGAAAGAUCGACAACGAUCUGGUUUUGUUUUUUUUCUUCUUAUACCCUACACUUUACUUCGCCGUGGUCGCUGGUUGGAAGAACGGCGGUUCAAGUCACCUUCUUUCGACGUCAGCUAAGGCUGUCGGUUUGUUUUAUUAGCGUACUGAUACGUCCACGAGGGAGGAGCCGGCGGAGACUUCAGGCGCUGCACGACCAGUUGUGGUCUCAGUGCAUUAGGCAGGCUCAGGAUAUUGAUAUUGGCGGAGGGUUCAGAGAAGGGUGGGAAAAGCG